AUGUCGAGAAAGGGUUGGAGUACAAACAAAGAUGUUGUCCCAUUCUACUUGAAAUCUCCUACUGUUAACUUGAAUGAAAGGGAUGCUUCCAUAAGUCCUGGACCUGCAUUUAAUUCUGGUACCAUCCCUGUAUCUGCAGUUUGUAAUACUCCUUUCAAUUUGACAAAUGUUAUGAAAUUGAAUCAAGGACUUUGUACCACAGGGACUCAGAAGAGGAGUGCAAAGAGAAGGAAAGGUGGUGACGAAAAUGUGCUUCCACAACACCCUUCAAAUUCAUUAAAUCAUUUGAACUCUCCAGUUUUGAAUUUCGAGGAAAGAUCGGCAUCAUGCAUGACUGAUCAAGCUGCAUCUAUUUCUACAAGGCCUCCACUUUCCGAUGUUUCUAAUACUGCUGUCAACAUUCACAGUAGAAUGGAUCUGAAUGAAGGAGAUAAAGAGGAUUAUGGACCCAUGAGACAAGUUAAAGCUAAAAAAUCAAAGACUAGGAUCCCUCCCACAGACAAAGAAGGGACCAGCAGACAAUUAUUUGGUAUACGUCAACUGAACGAUGAUGCCACUAUAGAGCAUUCUGCAAUUGCAUCUGUCUUGGAAGAUGCUGAUCAACUUUUUAAUCAAAAUGGUUGUGAGACUGAUUAUGCUGAACCUGAAGUGGUAGAUAAUGUUGUUUUGCCUGCCGUGCAAAAAGCUCUCAGAUGUAACACUGGAUAUGUGUCUUUGGGGCCACCUACAGAAUGUUGCUCCAAAUGCAAGGCUCUUAUGUGGAAAGAAGAACGUGUGAAUAAAACUGUGAAGAAUGGUACACCUGAGUUCAGUUUAUGUUGUUCUAAAGGUCAGAUCAAGCUGCCUGAAACACCUCCAACUCCUUCAUACCUGUUAAAUAUUUACAAUGAUCCAGUGAAGGGCAAACGCUUCCGAAAUCAAAUUCGUUUGUAUAAUACCAUGUUUGCAUUCACUUCUAUGGGCGGUAGAGUGGACCACUCUAUAAACAACGGCUCAUCUCCUUAUGUAUACCGUCUUAAUGGACAGAACCAUCAUCUCUUUGGUUCUCUCAUACCUAAUGAAGGUGAGGACCCCAAGUUCUGUCAAUUAUACAUAUACGAUACCGAUAAUGAAGUGGAGAACAGGCUGAAAUGGGUCAGUGUUUCGGAUGGUAAAACUGUUGAUGUGGAGAUUGUACAAGGUCUGUUGGCUAUGUUGGAUGAAACAAACGAACUCACAAAAUACUUUCGUAUGGCCCGGGACAGAUUCAAAGAACAGCCUGUGCAGGAUCUGAAGAUCGUCAUGAAAGUGUGUCGUAGUGUAACUGGCCGUGAGAAUUUCAUAGGGCCAUCAAAUGAGGUAGGAGCAAUUAUGGUUGGAGACUUAGAAGACACAUGUGGUGAGCGAGACAUCAUUGUUGAGACAAAGAGCAAGGUUCUUGAAAGAAUAUCUGACAUACACCCUAAGUUGAUGGCCCUACAAUACCCUCUUUUGUUUCCUGAAGGUGAAGACGGAUACCAUGAUGACAUCCCUUAUGUGCAAUCUGGAAAACAUGUUGCCAAAAAGCGUCAGAGGAUAACAAUGAAGGAGUUUUACUCAUACAAACUGCAAUGCCGACUAAAUGAAGGUAAUACCCCUCGCUUGGGUGGAAGACUGUACCAGCAAUACAUCGUGGAUGCAUUUUCGGCCAUUGAACAGUCGCGCCUUUGGUGGUUUCGUACACACCAGACCACUCUCCGUAAUGAUUUAUACAGCAACAUUCAAAAGAGCAUACGAGAUGGUCAUCAAGAUACUUCUUCUGUUGGGAAAGGUUUCAUUUUGCCCGCUAGCUUUCUUGGUUCGAAGAGAUACAUGCAACAAAAUUUCCAGGAUGCACUUGCUAUUUGUCGCUACAUUGGUCACCCGGACAUUUUUUUGACUAUGACAUGUAAUAGUGCUUGGGAUGAAAUCAAAGAAAUGAUGAAGCUAUAUCCGGGUUGCAUGGCUGUUGACUCCCCCGAUGUCAUUGCACGCGUGUUCAAACUGAAGUUGGAUCAGAUAGUGGAGGACAUCAAAAACAAACAUUAUUUUGGAACAUGUAUUGCAAGUAAGUAUGCUAUCUCCUCUAAGUCAACUGCAUAUGAAUGUCCACUUCCAUAUCAUAUUAAUUUUGUUUUAUCAUAA